CACUCGCCAGCCUGUGCUUUGCCACCUGAGCGCCGCUCCCUCUCAGGAUGAAGGUGAUGGUGGGCCCAGACCCUUCCCUGGUCUACCGACCUGAUGUGGACCCAGAGGUGGCCAAAGACAAGGCCAGCUUCCGGAACUACACGUCAGGUCCCCUCCUGGACCGUGUCUUCACCACCUACAAGCUCAUGCACACGCACCAGACAGUGGACUUCGUCAGGAGCAAGCAUGCCCAGUUUGGGGGCUUCUCCUACAAGAAAAUGACAGUCAUGGAGGCUGUGGACCUGCUGGAUGGGCUGGUGGAUGACUCGGACCCGGACGUAGAUUUCCCCAACUCCUUCCAUGCCUUCCAGACAGCGGAGGGCAUCCGGAAGGCCCACCCAGACAAGGACUGGUUCCACCUCGUCGGGCUCCUGCACGACCUGGGGAAGGUCCUGGCCCUGUUCGGGGAGCCCCAGUGGGCUGUCGUCGGCGACACCUUCCCCGUCGGAUGCCGUCCGCAGGCCUCCGUGGUUUUCUGCGACUCCACCUUCCAGGACAACCCUGACCUCCAGGAUCCUCGAUACAGCACAGAGCUCGGGAUGUAUCAGCCCCACUGCGGGCUCGACAGGGUCCUCAUGUCCUGGGGCCAUGACGAGUACAUGUACCAGGUGAUGAAGUUUAACAAGUUCUCACUGCCCCCUGAGGCUUUCUACAUGAUCCGGUUCCACUCCUUCUACCCCUGGCACACGGGCAGCGACUACCAGCAGCUGUGCAGCCAGCAGGACCUGGCCAUGCUGCCCUGGGUGCAGGAGUUCAACAAGUUUGACCUCUACACCAAGUGCCCGGACCUGCCGGACGUGGACAAGCUGCGGCCCUACUACCAGGGGCUCAUUGACAAGUACUGCCCUGGCAUCCUGAGCUGGUGA